UACGAUGGCGUGAUAUUGAUUCAUUCAGUCUUCUGUGGCAGAAUGUCCCUUACAGACGUAAAAGAUGCACGCUAUCAAAAACUUCUCCCUUACUGGAAGAAUCUCCUCGGUAGAGAUCGUGUUGCAGUCAUUGUCACUGGGGCGGAGAGAACCAAUGACCUCGAGGAACGUUUCAAGGAGAAACAACCCACUGUAAUUGAGUGUUCAGCCCAUGUCAUGUUCUGUGAAGCUGGAGAUCCUAUGAAUGAUGCCCCUGUGGUCAGCACAAUAAAGUCCUUCGUUAGACUUUUGCCAGACCAACCUAAAGUUCGUAAAAGGCAGGCAAAACCCUCCAAGGCGACCACAGAACUUAGUGAAGAUAACAGCAACAAAGAGAGUAUGACAAUUCAUGCUAAGAUAGUGAAAUGUGCAGGAAUCGAUGUGAAAAACGGCAAAGACAAGAUCCAUGUUGAAGUCAUCAUUUGCGCUGAGGGGUCCACAAGGAAAACCCUUUUGAAGACCUUAAGCGAAGAUGAUUUGAAAGAUGAGGCAGAUUUUCUAAUUUUCCAGGAGAACGUAGGUGAGUAA